AUCGUCGGUCACGAUUAGGACACGCAUGCGUCAGUAAGGCGGUAAUAUGGCACACUGAAAAAGUCAAAAUUUAUUACUCCUACUCUGCAACUCAACCAUCUUCAAUCCUUUUUUUCAACAACAAAAGAACCCGUCCCAGUUCGUCGCUGUACUUUCCUUUCCAAUCACAGCAAUCCCAGAAAGAAAACAACCAGAAACAUGGCAGAAAACAAUGGAGGAAUUGAGGUGAUUCAUUCAUGGUCUGCUCCCAGGUCUCUCAGCACCAGCCUUAUGUACUCUUUUGCCCAGAGAGAUGAUACAGAGGUGCGUGAUGAACCACUAUAUGCGAAUUUCCUGCGCGUAACGGGGUUAGAAAGGCCAUACCAACAAGAACUUCUUUCCAAGUUGGAAUCUGAUGGAAAUAAGGUGGUCAGGGAGAUUAUUUUUGGUCCUGGAGGAAAGAAGUAUCGGUUUUGUAAGCAUUUGGCUAAACAACUUCUACCUGGUUUGAGUGAAGAUUUGAUGAAGAAAGGAAAGCACUUCAUACUUAUCCGGAAUCCUCUUGAAAUUUUGCCAUCCUUUGAUAAGGUUGUGCCCCCAUCCUUUUCUGAACUGGGAUUGGCAGGAUUGGUCUCCAUAUACAGUCAGCUAUGCGAAUUGGGAAAGCCUCCAGCAAUCAUUGAUGCGGCUGAACUCCAAGCGGAUCCUGAGUUUGCUUUACGUGGACUUUGUGAAGAUCUUGGCAUUCCUUUUCAAGAUUCAAUGCUUAAAUGGGAAGCUGGACCAAAAUCAUUUGAUGGUUUGUGGGCCCCAUGGUGGUACAAAAGUGUACGUGAAUCAACAUGUUUCACACCCAAUACAAAGUAUCCUUCGCCCCUUCCACAGCCCCUGUAUGACCUGCUGGAGCAGAGUUUGCCUUUCUACAACAUGCUUAGGCACAGAGUAAAACGGAGGUCUUCUUUGCCUCAUCCAAGUCUUCCUGUUCCUGCUAAUGAGAAGCUGCUUGCUUGGGUUGGAGAUGAAAUUGUGCCUCGUGAGAGUGCAAGGGUUUCAGUCUUUGACUCAGUUGUACAAGGUGGCGAUGCAGUUUGGGAGGGGCUGCGGGUGUAUAAAGGAAAGAUAUUUAAGCUUGAGGAGCACUUGGACAGAUUGUUUGACUCAGCAAAAGCUUUAGCUUUCAGCAAUGUACCAACUCGUGACGAGGUUAAGGAAGCUAUAUUUAAAACUCUCAUCUAUAAUGGGAUGUUUGAUAAUGCACACAUCCGACUAACUAUGACUCGUGGCAAGAAGGUCACCUCUGGAAUGAGCCCAGCAUUCAAUCUUUAUGGAUGUACUUUGAUUGUGCUUGCUGAGUGGAAACUGCCAAUCUAUGAUAAUACAAGGGGAAUAACUCUGGUGACAGCAGCCACACGUCGUAAUUCACCAAAUAAUCUGGAUUCCAAGAUUCACCAUAACAACCUUCUUAACAACAUUCUUGCCAAGAUAGAGGGGAAUAACGCCAAGGCUGAUGAUGCCAUUAUGCUCGAUAAAGAUGGUUAUGUGUCAGAAACAAACGCUACAAAUAUUUUCUUAGUCAAGAAAGGUCGUGUUCUGACACCUCAUGCUGAUUAUUGUCUUCCUGGGGUGACUCGAUCAACGGUUAUUGACCUUGUGGUAAAGGAGCAGUUGGAUUUACAAGAGCGGCGUCUUAGCUUAUCCGAAUUUCAUACUGCAGAUGAGGUCUGGACUACUGGAACCGUGGGAGAGCUUAGCCCGGUUAUUAGAAUUGAUGGGCGCAUAGUUGGUGAUGGCCGAAUUGGACCUGUGACUCAAAGAUUGCAGAAUGCUUACAAGGAGCUGACUGAAGAGUCUGGUGUUUCUAUACCAACCUAUCAGAAAACCUGAAUUGAGGUUCUAAAGGUGUGUCUAUUGUCUCUUCUCAGGCUGCCAAGGUUGACAAGAUCUGGGCCAAAAAAAUUGCAUUUCAUUGGUUGAUUCAAUGUAGCAGCUGAAAGCAUGGAGCUGAAGCAAAAGUCACCAGAAAUAAUUUAUCAUUGAUAAGGUUUAAUUUGUGAUAGAAAUAAGAGAUGACAGGGGUGAUAAAUCUACAGGGGUGAUAGAAGGUUUAUUUUGUAGCUGGAUUCCGUUUCUUUAAUCUUUUUGUACCUUAUUCACGUGGGUUUGCCUACUUUGUCGCAAUGCAAGGUUAUGAUUUCUCUACAGGAUUAGUCUCAUAUUGCACUGUAUAAUCUUCUAAGUUUCAUUGCAUCCAAUGAUAAAGCUUUGAACUCGUUAAAGAAGUUA